GAUGAUGUGAUGAAACAAAAACAUGAGUUAGUUGGAAAACAGAGAGUGCCAAGGAAAAAUUUCAAUUUUUCUUACAAUGGAAAUAAAAGAAGAGAAUUUUCAAUGGACGAAUGUGAGGAAUCAAUACAUAGCAUACAUUGCAGCCAAUUUAAUUUUUUUGAAUCACGGUUCGGUUCUCGGUUGGAAUAGCCCGGCUAUGCCACAGUUAUCGUCAGAAAAUACACCGUUGUCUUCUGGAAGACUAACAAACGAACAAAUUUCAUGGAUUGGCUCUAUUUCCAAUAUUGGAGCGUUGUGUGGUGCAUUUUCAUUUGGUUAUAUCACAUCUUUUUUGGGUUGUAAACGCGCAAUGAUUUUUCUCGCCAUCCCUUCAAUCAUAUUUUGGACAUUGAUCUUCUUUGGUCGCACAUAUUAUCACAUUCUGUUGGCAAGGUUUUGCGGAGGUUGGACUGGGGGUGGAAUUCAAUCGAUCGUAAUCUUAUUUGUGUCGGAAAUUGCGAACGAUAAUAUCCGAGGGCGUUGCGGCGGUAUCUCUCACGUUUUGCGCAAUUUUGGAAUUCUGAUUGGCUAUACCUUGGGAGCAAAAUUAGAUUAUCAAUAUAUUCCAUGUAUAUGUGUCUUAUUUCCAAUCACAUUUGCUGUUGUUUUCGCAAUUUUACCAAAUACACCGCGAUAUUAUCUUCGCAAAGGUCAGCCCAAGCGAGCAGAAAAUGCAUUAAGAUUUUACAAAGGGUACAAAGGAAAAAAUGAACAAGAAAUGUACAAGGAACUCGAGAGAUUGAAAGUGAUAGCAAACGAACAAAAAUCAGACGAAAAAAUGAAGAUGUCGGAUAUUUGUAAUCGAGUAGCAAUGAAAGGUCUUGGUAUAAGUAUUGCUUUGUCAAUAUUUUCACAAAUGACAGCUGGAUAUACGAUAAUCAACUAUAGCGUGACGAUUUUCCAAAAUUCUGGAACCACGAUUGAUCCUCACGUGUCGUCGAUACUAUUGGCAGUGGCGCUCAUUUGUGGACCAUUAACCGCAACAUAUCUAGCCGAUUCGCUUGGACGAAAACGCUUGAAUUUCAUCUCGUUGAUGGGUUCAGCGAUAGGUCAACUUGCGGUUGCAUUCUAUCGUUAUCUCUAUGUGAAUGGCUAUGACUUAUCAGCAUUUGCAUGGGUUCCGGUAUUUAGUCUAUCCUUUGUUUUAUUCAUUUCGUCAGCUGGAAUUAUUCCUCUAACAGUUGUUUGCAGUGUUGAGUAUAUUCCAUCGAAGAUUCGCACCUUCGGCAUGUCAAUAAUUAGUUGUGUACUCAGCGGUUCUGGAUUUAUUUCAAUGAAAUUGUUUCCAAUUUUAUUGGAAUCUCUUGAUUUAUACGGAACUAUGUUGAUCUAUGGAAUUUGUUGCGUGACAGCAUCCAUUUUUGUCCACCUCGUUUUGAAAGAGACAAGUGGAAAAUCUCUUGACAAUGACAUUGACAUCAGCAACGAUAAAAACACAAAUAAAUGUGUGUGCACUUUACAAGGCAUUACGUCUGAAAAGUAAAAUCAACAAUUGGUAUGCUUGCAAGUUUUUAAUAAGAUGAAAUUUAUUUACAUGACUAACUAUUAACUAACUGAAUAUAUUCAGACAAUUAUGUUUGUAUAACUUUUAAAGUAAAAUCUUUCUCUUUUUAUUUUGAAUUUUUUGCUAAUUAUUUUUUAUGAUUUAG